GCUUUAUUGCCGCCAUUUCACGUGAAAGCAGCGCGGUAAGGACGACGUCUACUGCUAAACAAUUUAGAAUAAGUCCGAAUUUGAGUUAAAUACACCAUUUGGGGAUUAAUAAACCAACUGUGACCGUUUAAGCAAACGGUAGGACGUAACGGUUUUCGUUUUAACGGGCCUGCUCUGUUGCUUGGAGACGGUGGGAAAAUGAGCUACGGAAGGCCGCCGCCAGACGUGGAGGGGAUGACCUCCCUGAAAGUGGACAACCUGACUUACCGGACUUCGCCCGAGACUCUGCGCCGAGUGUUUGAGAAGUACGGCCGCGUGGGAGACGUGUACAUCCCCCGGGACAGGUACACCAAGGAGAGCCGCGGUUUCGCCUUCGUGCGGUUCCUCGACAAGCGCGACGCCGAGGACGCCAUGGACGCUAUGGACGGCGCGCUGCUCGACGGGCGGGAGCUCAGGGUGCAGAUGGCCCGCUACGGACGACCACCGGACUCGAUGUACAGCCGGAGAGGAGCUCCGCCACGCAGAUAUGGAGGCCGUUCAGACAGUCCCCGGCGCCGCAGACGUAGCCGCAGCCGCUCCAGGAGCAGAAGCCGUUCCCGAUCCAGGAGCCGCCACCACUACAGCCGCUCCAGGUCCCGCUCCUACUCCAGAUCCAGGUCAAGGUCCAGGUCCAAGUCCAGAACCCCCAGGCGAAGCAAGUCAAAGUCUCCCUCCAGGUCUCGGUCCCGCUCCAGGUCUAAGUCAAGGAGUCGAACCCCGCCUUCCAACAGAGGGUCAAAGUCCAGGUCCAGAUCCAAAUCCAAGAGCAGACCUAAAUCUCCAGAGGACAACGGAGCAGAGUCUUAACCCAAAGUUGGACACGAUAUGACGCUGCGGAGUCCUGUUUGCAAAGAGAGGAGGAGGAGGAGGAGGAGGAGGAGGAGGAGAUGGGGGUGUGGCAGUGUGAGAGCAGUUAGUGUGUGACCCGCCCAUGUGACCUGCCUGUUGCUGAGAGCGAUGGCAGUUGCUAAGGAGCAGGUCACCAAGGCAACGGUGGUUGCUAUGGAAGCAGGUCGUCAAUGGCGGUGGUUCGGGCUGUCAGUUGGUGUAUGAGGUGGUGUGGUGAGGUACGUUCGCGGGGAUCACAGGCAGAUGCACUGAGCACUGUUCCCACCCGUGCCUGUGGUUUCCUCCGCCUCUCACAAAGGGAACGGACCCCGAGGUUUGUUUUUCAAAUAUGCCCGAGUGUAAGAGACUUGUUAGAGCUAGUUUUUGGGAGUGUGGGGGCCAAGGAAGGUGUGUAAACAAAUGUGAACAUUACUAGAAAUGUUAGGUAUACUGCAAGAAGAUGGAUGCCCAAAAAAAAAAAAAAAAAAAAAGCCUGUUUGAUAAAUGUUAGUGUCAGCGGAAAGAAAAUCAGACCAUGCUAUUAAAUGUCCAAGUCAGCUGCAGGAGUUUAAAAUAGACUUUUCUUUUGUUUGUUUGUUUUGCUCUUGUCAACUCUGUUCUCUCUUUCCUUCCAGAUCUCAGAUGAUUGAGCCUUUGCUGAGGACAUCAGGAAGAGUCUCACAUUGAGCAAGUGGACUCCACUAUUACCACUGAAUGCAGACUGAAAGGUUAUUGGAACUUGGUCUAAAACGUUUUAAAUGUUUCAUUUGACUUAAUUUACCGAAACAAAUUCUGUAACUUUGAUGUGAUCAUUGUUUGUAAAGUUGAGCAUAUUGAAAGGGAUUUGUAAGGAUUUUUUUUUCUCCCCAUUUAAUUUGUUUUUUUGUUUUUUUUUUGCAUUUUGAAUUUGUACUUGUUAAUAAAUUCUUUUUUUGAAUUAACGUAGCUUUCUUUUAAUGAAAUCCCUUGUUUAACACUUCUUUCAAGACUGAUAUGGAAAAGUAUUAAUUUGCAGGCUUGAUUUAUAGAAAAGGUUGUCUUGUUGGAUGUUCAAAGCCUUUACAGCUAUGUUAUACCACUCCUAUCGGAAAAUGGCAUAAUGUACAGUAACAAAACAGCAAAACUUUGAAAUAUUGCAGUGCCACUUAAUUUGUGACUCGCUAAUCCGGCAGCAUAGUAUUUUUUCUUUUCUGUCAAAUCUCUUUUUUUCUGUCUGGUUAAAGUUGCUUCCUAUGACUCUAACCCUCUUUCUUGUGUAUCUUUUGUGCACUAGGCGCAGUUGUGUAGCAGUUGAGUAAUGCUGGUUAGCUGUUAAGAUGCGGUGCAGUGCGGUGGUGACAUGGUGUGGCGUGUUGCGGUGCUGAGUGCCCGGCACUGUUCCGGGGCUCGACCCUCCGCUGCUGUUUGCCGGUUUGUAAGCUCACAGGUGUGGCAGAUCAUCCAUCCUCUCCUGUCUUGUUACCUCUGCUUCCCUCCAUGUGCUGUACAGAUUCUCUCUUUCCUUCCUUCUUUUUUCUCUUUACUCCCUCUUCUCCUUUUUCCCCCCCUCUGUGGUUUAUCCACUGUUAACUGGUUUUGCUCGCUUUCUGAUAUUGGGUCCAGUGUGACUCCUAGUGAAGGGUUGAGAGGGCAGUUCGGCUGCUUCAUGAAUCAUUUUUGUGUACUGCAUUCCUCUGUGAACCUCUCAAUGUCUUGUAAUUGCUUCAGGUGAAUGCUAAUAAACAUCUUUGUGGUAAAUAA